UAUACUUUUCAAUACGCUUCAAACUCCUCCAGGAUUCAUAGCAAAGCAAAACUGUUCUGAAAGCUUCUCUCUAGCGGAAGAAAGAAGAAAAAAAAUGGAACUGAAGAAAGAAGAAGGCAGCAAGAACAACAUGAAGGUGGUGGGUGGUGGCGUGGCGAUUCACAGCCAGGUUAUGAAGAUCAAGCAAGAGACUGAGAAGAUGAAGCAGCCGGAGAUAAGACAAGUGGCUCACGGAGUCCCAAGGCAGCGGCCGCGGUCGCCACUGGGGUUGGCGGAGAGAGACAGAGCUACUGUUUGUUCAUCAGUUGGGGUUUUUAGAAAUAAUUAUCGUGUAUGAAUUAUAGAAAGUUAUUAACUUUGAUGAUG